AUGAGAGAAAUCAUUCAUCUAUCUGUUGGUCAAUGCGGAAACCAAGUUGGAAAUGCCUUUUGGCAAACAAUUUGUGCAGAACAUGGCAUUUCCUAUGACGGUUCUUACACUGGUAAUACCCCUGAAUCCCAACUCACCCGAGCCAAUGUCUAUUUCAACGAACUUAACCACCAUAAACGAUAUGUCCCCCGCAGCAUUAUUGUUGACUUGGAACCAGGCCCAAUUGAUUCCUUGCGCAGUGGUCCCUUAGGAUCUCUUUUCAAACCUGACAAUUACGUGUUUAGUCAAGCUAGUGCUGGGAAUAACUGGGCAAAGGGAUUUUACACUGAAGGUGCUGAUUUGGCAGAAGAAAUUAUGGAUACCAUUCGAAGAGAAGCAGAACAAUGUGAUUUGCUUACUGGUUUUCAAUUAUCACAUUCUCUUGGUGGAGGAACUGGCUCAGGUCUUGGAGCUCUUAUUGUGGCUAAACUAAGAGAAGAAUACCCAGAUCGCAUGAUGGCUACUUUUUCAAUAUUACCCUCACCUAAAGUCUCUAAUACAGUAGUUGAACCUUACAAUGCCACACUUGCAACUAACCAGCUAAUUGAACAUGCAAGUGAAGUAUUUUGUUUUGAUAAUGAAGCUAUAUUUGAUAUUUGCCAAAAAACCCUUCGCCUCCCGCAACCUUCUCAUACGGACCUAAAUACCAUCAUUGCUCAAGCAGCUUCAGGAAUUACUACCUCUUUAAGGUUCCCUGGUCAUCACAAUACUGACCUUCGCAAGCUCGCAGUAAAUCUAGUACCUUUCCCACGUUUACAUUUUUUGACAGUUGGGUUUGCCCCCCUUGUCUCAGUCUCAGCAGCUUCUUUCCGCACAAUGUCUGCCCCAGAACUUAUUCAGCAGCUCUUUGCACCUUCUAGUGUUUUAAUUGCUGCUGAUCCCCAACGAGGUAAAUACCUAACUGCUGCCGCAUCGUUCAGAGGAAAACUUUCUAUCCGUGAUGUUGAAGAACAUAUGAAGAUUGCUCGUAAUAAAAACAAGGCACAGUUUGUCCAAUGGAUUCCAGAUAGCAUUCAGACCUCGUUAUGCACUGUCCCUUCACAAACUCAUCAGGUUUCAGCAACUUUUAUUGCAAAUAAUACUUGCAUUGCAGAAGUCUUUUCUCGUAUCCAAGCACAAUUCACACCAAUGUUUAGGCGCAAGGCCUUUCUACACAAUUAUACCCACGAAGGCAUGGACGAGGCUGAAUUCUCUGAAGCUGAGCAAAACUUAAUUGACUUGCUCAAUCAGUACAAGCAAUACCAAGACGUUGAUUUAGAAGAUGAUGAAGGAUAUUCUGAUAAGCAUCAUCAUGAUGGGUUGGAAUUUAAUGAAGAAAGCACAAUGUAUUCAUUUAAUGAAAGGGCGCCAACUACUACAGUAAAUGUCGGUUACUAG